ACGCAGAAUUAUUUUUUGACCAUAACGAAGCAAAGUGUGGAUGUUGAGUGCUAUGUUGUUAUUUAUUGAAUAAAGUAGCUUUUGCCUUUUUUUAACAAGCGGAACCAUUAUUUAGGUUUCGUGUUUGCGGCAUAUAAUUGUAAUUAUCUUGGUCAAAGCCUUAACAAGUUUAAAAUAAUAUAAUGCUUUAUAAUAUAUUUUGGGUUUUUUAACAGUGAAACCGGUGGACGUUAGUUACUUUAGUUCCGUGUUUCUAUCGUGGAACUUUUAUUGACGCACCAGACGGAAGCGGCGUCUCAGCCAGUUGCCACGUCGGAAUUGGAAUCAAAUGAGCUCAUAAUUCAUCUUUAUUUCAGGUUUCAAGUUCAUUUUUGGGCUUCUUCGUAGUCUUUAGUCAUGGUUUCUGUCAUCAACACCGUGGACACCUCGCACGAGGACAUGAUCCACGACGCCCAGAUGGACUACUACGGCACGCGUCUGGCCACCUGCUCUUCUGACCGCACCCUCAAGAUCUUCGACGUUCGCAACGGCGGCCAGAUCCUAGUGGCCGACCUGCGAGGGCACGAGGGUCCCGUGUGGCAGGUAGCGUGGGCGCACCCCAUGUUUGGCAACAUUCUGGCGUCCUGCUCCUACGACCGCAAAGUCAUCGUGUGGAAGGAGGACAACGGCACCUGGGACAAGAUGUACGAAUACACUGGGCACGAGUCAUCAGUAAACUCUGUGUGUUGGGGUCCGUACGAGUUCGGCCUGAUUCUGGCAUGUGGCAGCUCGGACGGAGCCAUCUCGCUGCUCACCUUCACAGGAGAGCAGCAGUGGGACAUUAAGAAAAUCAAUAACGCACAUACGAUCGGCUGCAACGCGGUGAGCUGGGCCCCCACGGUGGUCCCAGGUAGCCUGAUCGAGCAGCCCUCGGGCCAGAAGCCGAACUACGUCAAACGCUUUGUAUCCGGAGGCUGCGACAACCUCGUCAAACUCUGGAAGGAAGAGGACGGCCAAUGGAAAGAGGACCAGAAGCUGGAGGCGCACAGCGAUUGGGUGCGAGACGUAGGCUGGGCGCCUUCCAUCGGGCUCCCCACCAGCACCAUCGCUAGCUGCUCGCAGGACGGCCGUGUCUACAUUUGGACGUGUGACGACCCGGCGGGCAACGCCUGGACGGCCAAACUGCUGCACAAGUUCAACGACGUGGUCUGGCACGUCAGCUGGUCCAUCACCGGCAACAUCCUGGCAGUCUCCGGAGGCGACAAUAAGGUGACAUUGUGGAAGGAGUCGAUGGAUGGCCAGUGGGCGUGUAUCAGCGAUGUCAGCAAAGGGCAGGGAGCCGUGUCAGCCAUUACAGACACGCAACAGGCCGAGCAGUGACACACACACACUUAAUUAGUCCUUACUGUUAUAAAUAUAAUUCAAUACUUUUUUUUUUUUUUAAAUGUUGCCCAUACAAGGACUUUUGGCGUGCACCACCUCGCCCAAACA